GAGAAAGGGUGUUUUAGUACCUUAAGGUUACCAUAAAGAAUCUGAUGACAUUUCUGUUUCAAAUGGUGAUUUACCAAAGAUGAUUAACAUUUCAAUACAUGAAAAUAUUUUCAAAUCGGCCUUGGAAGUUUACUUUGCAGCAGAUGCUUUGCAUUGGAUACUUGAUGAACUACCUAAUCAGUCCGUUUUGAACACUGCUGAAUGGAAACUCAUCAUUCCUCAAUUAUACAAACAAUAUCCAAACGAUGACAUGAAUCUUAAUAUCUCGGUAUCUUCUCCACCGGUUAUAGAAGUGUCUGAUCAAGAUAUCGAUGCUACCGUUUCGCAUGAAUGUAAUUCAUCAUUGACAUCAACUGUCCUAAAAAAGGGAAUUCCAUUGCCGAUUCUUAAGGGUUUCGCCCUUAAGAACGCGCGAAUCAUGAACACUCCGCCGUGGAUUGUGUUGUCUAGUGAUGUGAGGACAAAGUUAUUUGGGGCAACAGAAGCUACAUACUCUGGAUAUACUUGUUAUACUGGUAUAACAGAUUUCGUGCCACCUGACAUUGAAUCUGUUGGGUAUCGAGUAUUCUUAGGACAUAAGUAAUACUUUGUAUCUUCAGACGUCAGUUCUGGAAAGAUGCAAUGGUAUGCAUUUCACCAAGAACCUGCUGGCGGUAUUGACACCUCAAACGUGAGGUGCAUUGACAUGGUUGUUCAACUCUGGUGCAACUCCAGUUCUUGACUAUUUCAAUGAAGCAAGCACUGAUAUGGUUGAUUAUCACAACUCUGUACUUUUUACUGCUCUUCAAUCUCAACACAACUACCUCAGAAUUCAAGAUGAUACAUUAGAGGGAGAGGUAGCAUCUGUGGAUAUAUCUACUAAAGAUAAUCUGAAUAAUCUGGUGAAAGCUGGUGAGAAUUUAUUGAAGAAAAAAUUUACCAGAGUGAAUCUAGAUUCAGGCGUAUAUGAAACAGUUCCUGAUAAAGGCACCAUUCAGGAAGAACUCAAUAGGUUUGCUAGUUUACUGUCGGAGAUAAGAAAAGCGAAAAAGUCUAAGCAUCAAAAUGGCAAGUGAAUGGAUGAUCACUAAAUUGAAUAUGUCAAUCCAUUGCUGAAGCUGUAUCUUUUAUUUCUUUGCUUAAUUAAUCAUUUCUGUAAGAUUGUGAUGCAAGAUUGUAACAUUUUAAACUUCUUUAAUUAUGAAUAAAUAAUUGUUGUUUGAUUUU